CCCAAUCUGAGAUGCAGCGCGGCCUUGUGGCUGACCAGGGGCUGCUUAAGCGGUGAACGCAUCCCAUCCCACUGUUUUGCUUUAACAUGCUCGCUCGUCCACUUCCAUCAACACCCACGCCUCAUCUCAAUCCAUGAUCUCGACAAGUUGCAUAUUGCAAUUGAACAGGAUUGCCACGUCAGGUCGACUCAUAUUCAUCUCCGUCUCCGAACGCGUGGGUCAAACGCACCAUUUCAUCACAAGCGUCACCACCGUCGACCAUCAGCAAAAGGACCGACCGGCUUCUCCCAAAUACCCAUCGUUCUCCUCUUCCUGCAAUCAUCCUGCAAGCGUCUCUGAACUUCAAACUGCGCAGCUGCUCUCGGACCUUUGGACUUUUCAACACGCAUAGAGACCAGCCCUUUCCGCCUUCUGUGUAACAGCCCACAGCAAUAUCGGCCAGACAGCUGUGUGGUGUCCGCCCGCUCACCGCUUUAGGAGGACCGCUGCAACAUCUCCUCCCGGCUCUGUGCAAUGUCUCGACACCAAUAAGACUGAUCUCGACUUCCUUGUAUCACCGUCGACCUCCAAUGUCCGAUUGCUAUUCAUUCAUUGCUUCUCGUUGUAGGGACCUCGGACACAGCAUAGGUUGCUGACUUGUGGAGGUUGCCCCUCAUUCGACCAAAGGGCUAGAGCGGCCUCCCCAACAUGGGCAUCAGACCUCAACAUGCUGAAGAGCCCUUGAGACAACUGGAAGAAACAGAGCCGCAUUUCCAUAAGCAUCCCCUCAAAUCGGGAAUGUGGCAGAAGAUUCACAAUUUCUUUGCCAAAGAUGACCCGACCCAUAGUUCCGUCGACUUCCCGGGCGACCGACACUGGCCUCAGACUUGGCCCGACAACGAUGAGUCGAGCGGGCAAGACUCGACAGCGAGGCCGCUGGCUAUCGGCCUCCCCCGGCAAGCCACCUUCAGACGUCAAAAUUCCGAGAGACGGGAUCGUUUGCUGCCCGUCGAACCUUGUCAUGCCGAACGACGUGCCUCGUCCACUGUCAGACAUGCAUCGACCAGCCUCCCUCGUCCUCGAGCGACCUCUUCACCGCCGUGCUGGGAACCGGGUCGGACCUCUGCCCCUGCCGUAGCUCUCACAAGCAGGGCCGAUGCGCCCGCCACUGAUGCUGGCAUUGACGCCAUAACCUCGUCCCUUGAUCCCAAUCUUGUUCCAACCACUGAGGAUAUUUGGCCUCAGGAAAAUUUUCGACCUCCUCGCCCUCCGUCCACUACCUCGUCUGAUGACUCAAACUUCCUUCGAAUGCCUCUCGUCGAUGAUAAAGCCGACCUGAGAGACGAGCUCGACACUCGAUGGAUUCUCAAUCUGAGCAUGCAUUUCAGAGACAAGUCAGAUCGAGAAAAGUUCUUCGUCACGUACGCAGAGACCCCAAGUCGAUGGCGUCGGGUGACUGUCUCAUGUGAUUAUCGCAACGCUGAACCAGGGUCCCUCGAGAUGGACCUCAAGGAGCUCCAAUUCCAACGAGACAAGAGCAUGCAAAUAUACGAAUCCAUACGAGACUCGCUGCCUGAGAUCCAGUUCUACGACACUGUGACGAAUCUGAAGCUGGAAACGACCGAUGGUCGUCUGCAUGUCCAUGUCACUGAAGAUGUCAACGAGAUCAUCCCAUACCCACCCCGUCAUACUGUGGCCCAUAUACUACAUGACGAUGAGUUUCAGCCAAUGGAGAUACGAGAGAGUGAAUUGGUUUUCGAUUCUCACAUCUCCGGGUUUGUGUACAAGGUCAAGCACAAAGGCAGAGUUUAUAUCAAGAAGGAUAUCCCAGGUCCAGACACUGUCGACGAAUUCCUAUAUGAAAUCAACGCCUUGCACGCUCUUCACGGUUCAAGUCAUGUCAUACGACUAGAAGCUGUUGUUGUCGAUGACGAGGAACAAUUCGUCAAAGGUCUUCUCAUCAGCUACGCCGAGAAGGGCGCCAUUGUUGACCUCCUCUAUGAUCAUAGGGGAGCUAUCCCAUGGGAAGAUCGGUGCAGGUGGGCAGAACAAGCCGCCUGUGGUCUUAGCGAGAUCCAUGAAGAAGGCUAUGUGCAAGGUGAUUUUACCCUCUCCAACAUUGUUGUUGAUGGGGAGGGCAAUGCAAAGAUCAUCGACAUCAACCGAAGGGGUUGUCCAGUUGGCUGGGAACCUCCCGAAAUUGCGGCCAAGAUUGCCAGCAGUCAAAGGAUCUCGAUGUACAUUGGUGAAAAGUCAGACUUAUACCAGCUGGGAAUGACGUUGUGGGCGUUGGCCAUGGACGAUGAUGAGCCCGAGCGCCACGUAUCUCCAUUGAGCGUGGAGGAAUUCCCAUCCGAAGUUCCAGAGUGGUAUCAAGACAUUGUAAGGAUAUGUCUAUCUCGUCGUCCUCGAGAUCGGUGUUCAGCCAAGACGUUGGCAAAGAUGUUCCGAGAAGGCGACACAAAGGCUCUGCAUCCAGAAGAACGUCAUGACAGGCCUACACUGAAGCUCCGGACCCCACAAGAGUACAUUGACCCUGCAGAUGCGGUAGGCAGGGAUGACAUUGAGCGUUUCUCCAACCAACAUGAGAUUGAAAAUGUGCCUUAUUCUCCAGAAAGCUCAAGGGAUGACUACACGUUCACAUAUCCCAAGUCUUCCAACUAUGAAUUCGACAGCGAGACUUCUGCCUAUGACCGUCCGAGAGGAAGAGCACCACCUGUGAAUUAUGCUCAUCUCGGCAGGAACGAGAGACAUCACUGGAUUGUCGAGGAUGACAGACCAUCGUUGGUUGAUGAUGCGGAGCCAAACAUUGUUCCCAUUUCACCCGGGACGGACCGCGAAUUCGACAAAGUGGAACUGGAUGGCCACCCAUAUCUUGUCCCUAGAAGGACGUUCAACGAUGAAGAGUUGGAGAUCUUGGAACGAGCAGCAGAGGCGCGACUAACAAGUGACGAUACAGUGUCUCCAGCGAAAGCUGUGACACCAGUGCAGAUCGACCCCGUCCAAACUCAGCCUGCCUCGUUAGCACGACGUCCCUCUUUGGUAACUACGAAUUCCAUAACGUCCGACAGUACACCGCGUAAUAGCCAUGCAGUCUUACCAACAUCGACUCGUCAGCUUUGUGGUGAGUUGGCUUCUGAGCCUGAAGAGAGUAGGGAUCAAGUUCUCUCCUUUCAAGGAUCAACAAUACCAUCUAACAACCCUAAUACUGAGAUCUUUACGACGCCUUGCCUUACCCAGUCCGAUGAACCCGUACUAGCUGGUUCUUCGGUGCAGGGCAGGUUACCCACACUGCCUUUUGCGGAUAGUGGAUAUGAUGAAUCGUUCGCUACAGGUGGGGAUCUCGACCUAAGUGUCCAGACUCUCGCCACAGCACAAGAAGAAAAGCGCGAAGAGCUAAAGAUGGAUGAUGCCGUCCCUGAUAUCGUCUCAGCAGUCAGUACAAUGCCGGAUGCCGAGGGCAGAGGAGAUGUUUUCAAUGAGCCCGAGGCCGACACUUACCUUGACCUGAAGCCUGCUGAUCUGGAAUGUCUUGCAGCCCCGGACUUUCACACGACACAUCAACCGGAACUCGACAGACCACAGCCGAGCGAUCUAGUCAAUGACAAACAGGAAUGAGCCGGACCCUACACGAUAAAUCUCAGGGCGUUGGUUGAAGACCUAAGCCCGCCUACACAUACCCCCCUCUACUUCUACUUCGCAUGCGAUGUACCCCACGAGGUUGAUGAUAUGGUCUGAAGUUGAACAUGUCGGACCUUGAAGCGGCGACCGACUUGUGUUGGUUCACCAUCCUCUGGAGAUGUGCCGCAUCGCAACAGUCCACCACUAGCAGUAGGAUCCAACAAGGCUACAGAUACUGGUGGACGAGAUGAGAGGCCGAGACCCGACAUGCUGUCGCCGAAGCAUACGUGCGUACAUCCACGCGGCGCCAUUCCAACGAUUAAUGACGUAUGACAAACGAAUUUUGCUCUGAACUUGUUCCGCACAUAGGAAAGCCGCAUUGAUUCUUUAGCGAGCAGAACUUGUGUAGUAGGUUUUAGGAAGCCGGAACUGGCAAAUGUCUUUUUUUGGUUUUUCAAUUAUUAGCGAGCAGUAACAACUCACACGAGUACCGUGAUUCGUGCGAAUGAGGAGGGACCUUUUUCUUCACCGGGAGGGGAAUUUCGGGACGAGGACGCCUUUUGUUGUUUUGUCAAGUUUUUGUACGCGUCGGUCACUUGGUGGUGUUUUGGAUAUUUGUUUUUGAAAUUUUGAAGGUUUUCUUCUCGGGGUAACAACGAUUCAUGGUUGCGAAACCAAACCGAAACCGAAAUCGAUUCGACCAUCAGCCUGUCUCAUAUAAAGAAACUAGCGAAGCAAGCGAGCAGUGAAACUGAACUGACAUUGCGCAAUGACUGAACGAAAGAACGACAAACGACCGUCAACACGAACGAACGAACGAUCAGGUAAUCCAGGGGUGUUUCUUAUGUACCUAGGUAGUACCUACGGAGUUACAGCAACGACAACAACAACACCAUCCAUGAGGAACGGACAGGACUCAAGAUGGUGGAAAUUGGAUAUUUUUGAAAUUGCA